AUGGAAAAAAUCCUUAUAGAGGCUACUAUAGGACGCGCAUUAGAGGCGCUACUAGGAGCUGUUUCACAAGCAAGGGAGAGAGCACACAUGUAUGAGUCUAUUCUUGCACAACUAGAAUUCACAAUUCAAACCAUCACUCCAAAAAUCAGUGAAAUCGAUCGUCUUUCUGAAGAAGAUUUCCCAGACGAUGUCAUUUACCGAAUACGUCUACAGCUGAUUCAAGGCAGGGAACUAGUCGAUAAGUGCUCGAAUGCGGGUUGCUGCAACUUAUGGAAGAGCCAAAUGUACUACAAGAAGCUCCAAGAGUUGGAUGACUCUCUUCGGAGGCUGAUUACUAUUGAUUUGCAAGUUAAGGUGGCACUGGAUGUUAUAAGGAUUUCGACUGAGAUGAAGGAAUUGUGUAGGAGAUGGGAUCAAAAGAAUCAAAUGGAUGUGCAUGGGGAUGGCAGGGGAUGGAUUUUUAACAUAAGUGGAAGUAAGGUUUUGGGUAAGUUUUCUGGAUUGAAGAGGCUUGUGCAGACUGUGCAGUCAGCAGCUCCAAAGCGAAUCCUUAUGAAUUUGGUUACAUGUGGGGCUAUCACAGAAUAA